UCCAUAUACAUCUUUGUCUUGAAGAUAUGGGCAUUAGGGAUAAUAGUUUUUCAGUGAAGGCAAUUGAGAAUGUGGUGGUGGGUGCAAAAGAACCAUGGAAUGAUCAAUGGUUACCCUUCACAAACCUAGACUUGCUUGUGCCACCUUUUGAUGUUGGCUCCUUCUUCUGCUACAAGAAACCCUCCAAUGGGAGUUUCUCCGCCAUUGUAAACACUCUCAAAGCUUCCCUAUCUCAAGCUCUCACACUCUACUACCCACUUUCCGGUGAGAUCCUAUGGAAUGGAGUUGCCGGAGAGAACCAACUUUACUGCAACAACCAAGGCGUUGACUUCAUUGAAGCUGUUGCUGAUGUGCAGCUGAAGGAACUCAAUUUGUACAAUCCAGAUGAGAGCAUUGAGGGUAAACUAAUGCCGAAGAGGCUACAUGGGGUGCUUGCCAUCCAGGUUACUGAAUUACAAUGUGGAGGCAUUGUCAUAGGUUGCAUGUUUGAUCAUCGGGCAGCAGAUGGUUACUCAGCUAACAUGUUUAUAUCCUCAUGGGCAGACCUGAAUCGAUCCGAAACCCCUGCUAUGUUUCCCUCCUUUCAGAGGUCUAUCCUUAAUCCAAGAUGCCCAACCACUUAUUCCUCAUCAAUCGAUGAUGUGUUUGCUCCAUUUCUACCACUGAAACCUGCUAAUAAUGACCAAAACCACGAGGAUGAAGAUAAUUUAUUAGUUAACCGUGUAUACUACAUUGAAGGUGCUCAACUUAAAAGGCUGCAGUUGUUGGCGAGUGAAAAUGGGUGUAGAAGGUCGAAGCUAGAGGCAUUUACCUCUUUCUUGUGGAAGAUGAUUGCACUAUGUUUUGAAGACUCGGGAAAUCACAACCAAAUGUGUAACGUGGCUCUUGCAGUUGAUGGAAGACGAAGGUUGAGUGAGGGAGACGGAGAAGAGAAAGAAAAACUAAUGGCUUCACACUUUGGCAAUGUUUUAUCAAUGCCAUAUGGAAGUAAAAGAUCAGAGGAGUUGAUGGAGAUGUCAUUGAGUAAUGUAGCUACGGAGGUUCAUGAUUUCUUGCAGACUGCAACCGAGAAAGACCAUUUUCUUGACUUGAUCGACUGGGUGGAAGAACGAAGGUCAAUGCCAUUAAUAGCAAAGGCUUUUGCUGGUGGAGAGAUGUCGGUGAUGGUUUCAUCAGGACAGAGGUUUCAGAUCAUGGACAAGAUGGAUUUCGGGUGGGGUAAGGUGGCCUUUGGAUCAUGCCAUGUCCCAUCUACAAGGAAAGACUGUUAUGUGAUGACAUUGCCAAGUCCGACCAACAAUGAGGAUUGGGUUGUUUACAUGCAUAUGCCAAUCAAGCACAUGAACUACAUCGAAGCACAUGCUAGUCAAGUGUUCAACCCCUUAAAUGCUGAUUAUCUCAAGAUUUAG